GAGGUGCCUCGCUCGCUCGCUCGCUGCCUGUCAGGCGCCGCUCCGGUCCCCACUCUGCCUUGGCCGCUCGCAGUCCGUCGCAGCCGCGGGAAAGAGGAGCCUCCAGAGCCUCGAGGGCCCAAGAGAGGCUUGUCUUGACCGAGCCGCGGAAGCCAAACGGCGGAAAGCUUGCUCAGCGCCGCAGGGCUGGAUGGCCCUGGCCGCGGGCGGCUGGUGCCUGCUGAAGCGCUGCGGUCCCGACGACUCGCCCUGUCCGUUGGCACCCCGGGAACUGCUGGGCCCUUCGCCUUCGCCGUCUUCGUCCUCGGGCUGCUCCCCCAGCGGGAGCGGGCGCCCGCACAACGCCAGGAGCUUCAAGCAGGAGCCCGGAGGCGCCCUCUCGACCUCGCCCCAGAUAGGCCUGGCCGAAGGCCGAGCCUUGCUGGGGCCUUUUGUGUCUCUGGCGGCGGCGGCGGCACCCUCGAGCCUGCCCAGCUGGGAGGACUUGCUCCUUUUCGCGGACCUGGAUCAGGCCAACAAACUGAUCUGGUCAAGCCGCUCCUCGACCAAGCUGAGCCCGGAUCCCGCGCCUCCGCCGCCGAUCGUCGAGGACAUGUACCACCACCCGCAUGCCCAUCCUCACUCCCAGAGCCUACAGGCCAGCACCUAUGACGGAGCGUCUCCGGGCAGCGGCGGAGGCGGCUUCGUGCCUUCCACGGCCGGAUCUCCAGUCUACGUGCCCACCACCCGCGUGGGGUCCAUGCUGCCCUACCUCCAGAAUCCCCCGGGCGUGGGACAGGCUGGGGGAUCGUCAGCUUGGCCCUCUCAGGGCGCUCCGGAAAGCCCGUCCUCUUCCUACGGCGCCAGUGCUGGGGGAUGCGCCCAUCCAGCCUCGGGCCGUUUCUCUUACCCAGCUGGCAGCCCCCCGGCUUCCAACGGCGCCCCCCGGGAACCGGCAGCCUACAGUCCGCGGGAGCAAUUCCGGCCGCUGAACGGAUCCUACUAUAACCCCUACGUGGGCGCCCAGUUCAGUCCGCCAGGCUGGGGAAGUCCCUUCGACAACUCUCUACUGCACUGCCUGCCCAGCCGACCCACCACCCUCGCCGUGAGGCCGUCCAGCGCAGAUCUCCUGGAUGAUCUGAAUGAGAGCCGGGAAUGCGUCAACUGUGGCUCCAUCCAGACCCCCCUGUGGAGAAGAGAUGGGACUGGCAACUAUCUCUGCAAUGCCUGUGGGUUGUACACCAAGAUGAAUGGCCUAAGUAGGCCCCUGAUCAAACCUCAGAAGAGAGUGCCUUCUUCAAGGAGAUUGGGCUUGUCCUGUGCAAACUGUCAUACCACAACUACCACUCUUUGGCGCAGGAAUGCAGAAGGAGAGCCCGUGUGCAAUGCUUGUGGCCUGUACAUGAAGCUUCAUGGGGUGCCCCGACCUCUUGCUAUGAAGAAAGAGGGAAUUCAAACCAGGAAACGAAAACCAAAGAAUAUAGCUAAGACAAAAUCAUGCUCUGGUAAAUAUAUUCAAAGAUUCUUGCUGCAGGCAGUUUCUUCUGUGAUGUCCAACCGGGGCGAGAGCACCAGUCCCGAGACUAGCACACUCAAAUAUUCUGGCCAGGAAGGGCUCUACUCCGGUGUCAGCCUGACUUCCACUGCAGAAGUGACAGCUUCUGUGAGACAGGAUUCUUCAUGGUGUGCCUUAGCUCUAGCGUGAAUUGGUGGCACAUCAACGCUGGUGUGGAUAUUUGCCCUGGGCUGCAGCCAGUCAUUUGCUCUUGCGUUGGAUAUUUUUGCCUUGAUCAAGCAGUCCAAGAAGCUGUCGCAGUGGGGGCAGGGACAUUUUGCCCAUCAUACCUGCUUCUAGAUAACAUUUCUCUCCUGCAAAACUGACUCUCCAAAUCAGUCUGCAAGAGAUUCAUGGGAGUUGGAACUGCUUUUUUUAAAAACUCAACAAGGAGUGCCCUUCUGCACUAUUCAUAGAUCUUCACCGUGACUAUCUAUGCUGGCCUUGUGUAUUUGAGGAUUGUGUCUUUGUCUCACUCCCACAUGACCAACAUCCAAGACCUGAUUGAUGUUGACAUUUCCCCUCCUUUUUGUAGACAAAGUAGGCAAAGCUUACAUUACAGUGGAUAAUGCAGUGUAGAAGAGCAAUGCAAAUGUGCAUUUUGUCCAUAUGUGUAACUGCAUAUCUUGUACUUGACAGUUUCUGAUCUUUAUCCCAGGUCAGUGUUCUCAGCUAGUGCCUUCUGCUCUGUAUUUUCUGGGUAGUUUUUCUGAAGUAACUUACCGUAAAGCCCAAUGAAAACAUUUGGUACACCCUUCUCAAGUUAGAACUUGCUAACAAGAACGUAUACUAAAAUAUUUGCAUUAUCGUCUUUUAAGUAUAUACUGUGAUGGAAGAGGUGCAGUGUCUAUGAUGUGACUGAGCUGUAUCUAGCCAGUCAGAAUUUGUAAACAGGGUAGCCUAAAAAAAAAAAAGAGAGAGAGAGAGAGAGAGAGAGAUCCCUUUUUCAUAUACACAAUUUUCUUAUGAAAAGUGCAAUUUCUGUUGCAGCAAUCAGUGUUAAAUCAUAAGCAUAAGAUUUAACCACAGUUUUUAUACGAAUGAAUGGAAUGAAUGUAAACAUUUUAACUUAAUGGUACAUAAAUAAUUUAAAAGUAAACAAGUUAAACUAGGCAUCUUUAUAGGGUUUUUUUUUAUUGCAGUAAAAAUGUUUGGUGUCUGUGUUUCUGAUUUUCAAGCAAAGGUUUCAAGAACAAAAGUUUUCUCAGGAAAAAAGAAAGAUUGACCUGUCUAAGCCAGCCUUCCACAAAGCUCUUGGCCUCUAACCGGGUUGGAUUGCAAUGCCCAGAACUCCAACCCUCCAUAAUGGAAGACUGAGGCUGGUUGGGAAUUCUGAUAGUUCUAGCUAGGCCUAUUGAGAAAGGCUGGCCUCUCUAGUCAUAAGCUUUGAUAGAUACACAGUCAUCCCUACUCUCUUGCCACCAAUAAAGUAUGUGCUAGAAAAAUGUCCAUUGCAAUAAAAUUUUACUACCUAAUGGCAAAAUAUGUAAAUACUUCAUCAGAAUUUUGAAACAAUUUUCAAAGAUUGGAUGCAGUCUGUAGAAUAUAGGCUGACCUGUAGCUAGGUUGGUUUAGGUAUUUUUCAAAGCAAAAGCCAAUGUCGGGAUGUCAUGUGGAAAGUUGUUUUCACCAGAGGAUUAAAAAUAAAAAAGAUUACGUGUUCUGUCCA